AUCGGAGAUGAAGAAAUAGCCACCAGGAACGUACCAUCUUUUCCCCGAGAACUAUUCUAUCUUCUACCUAGGUGAUGCAUGAUGAUGUUUAGCUAGGUAGGGAGAGCAGCGUACACUAGAGAACUGACUUGCCCUCAUCCUUAAACAAAAUACUUAUAUAAAGGGUUCAGUACCGUGAAUAUAAAAGGAGAAUCUCAAUUUGCUUUUCAAUUUCCUAUAUUUCAAAACAAUUUUAACAACAUGGGGGUUUCCAAUGACAUAUCAGCUAAUAUUCCUGGCACGACUCCAUAUUCCGUGAUCGAUGGUUCCCAAGAAGCCACUCAAAAGCUGCAGCAAUUAGUCGGUGGUGAACUUCCCUCGGAGGUAUUGAAACACCUAGAAGACGUUACCUAUACAACUGCAACCGAUGGCACUCAAAUAUACUUCCCUUGUCCCUUUAAGGAAACCGAAGCCACAGUUGCAUUAAAAUCAGUAGAAGCAAGCGUUGUGGCUACCAUUGCGGACCUUCGCUAUGGAGAACAGAAAAGGAAGAUUGAGAUCAACCUUGAGCAGACUGCUACUUUCUUAUUCUCUACCUACAUUGCUACAAUUGCUGGCAUGAACAAACAGCAUCCCGAAGUCAAAUCAAAGCUGAAAGGUAACCCUCAUUAAAAGCUACCCAGAAACCUUUACUCAUGUAUUCUACAGACACAGAUUUACUCAAAGCACAAGCUAUCUUGUAUCGAAGGCUUUCGGCAAACCUGUAUGAGACAAAAAAUCCUGGGGAAUAUUUUCAUAUCCAUGGAUCAUUAGAAGCCGGAAAGACAUUGAACAUGAUUGGACUAGAAGCACAUCGACCGGAUCUUACAGAUUAUCGAGAAUGUAUCGACGUUAUAGAAAAACAUGUCAAGCAAUAUACUGCUGCCGAAUUGGAAGUCAUGAAUGCUGAGAUACAUCAGGCUGGUGUAACAGCAUUAAAAUGGGAGGAUUUCAAAAAUACAAGCCAUGUAAGAAUAUUUCUGUGACUCUAUUGACACUUUACUAAGAUUUAUUUCAGGGCCAAACACUUCUCAACCUACCUCCAUGGCAACUUGAUAAACUUGAGGAUAAUUCUCCAUCAUGUCCAUUUCCAAAUGUAGCUCCCGCGACGCCGACUUCAAAACCUCAAGUAUUAUCUGGUAUUCGUGUCUUGGAACUUUGCCGAAUUAUUGCAGGACCUGCAAUGGGUCGAACACUUGCUGAAUAUGGUGCCCAAGUUAUCAAAGUUACAUCUCCUAAUCUCUCCGAUGUUCCAUUCUUCCAAGUCGACGGAAAUACGGGUAAACACACCGCAGAUAUCGAUAUGAAAACUCCAAAUGGUCGCGCUAUAUUUGAGGAAUUGUUAAAAUCUGCCGAUGUGAUUCUUGAUGGAUAUCGACCAGGAGCUUUGGAGCGAUUAGGAUACGGGCCAGAACAAAUUGUGAAAUUGAUUCAAGGGAGGGGUAAAGGAAUCGUUUAUGUCUCCGAAGACUGUUUUGGCUACCAAGGGGAAUGGGCAGGUAGACCUGGUUGGCAACAGAUAGCAGAUUGUGUUACUGGUGUCGCUUGGGCUCAAGGUCAAUUUAUGGGUCUUGACGAACCUGUCGUGCCUCCAUUCCCAAUGUCUGAUUACGGAACUGGAUGCAUGGGCGCUAUUGCUGCUCUAAUAGGGCUGUAUAAAAGAGCUAAGGAAGGAGGUAGUUGGAGAGGCACCACUAGUUUGUGUCAAUAUGAUGUGUUUUUGCUAGGAUUAGGAUUAUACGGGGAUGAUAUAAAGGCCAAGAUUAGGAACGAUCACGAUGACCAUUUCUUCGACCUUAGACAUUCAGAUAGUGUGGAUGAAGUAGGUGGAAGAGCAUUGAAGAGCAUGCGCCGAGCUCAUCCAGAAUUGUUCGACGAGAAAAAUAUGCAAAAGGCAUAUAGCAAGGGUUUCAAGGAGGAGAUUCGAUGGUGUAGAAGUCCAGUCACUAUUGAAGGUUUAAGAGUUGGAUUUGACACAGCUAGUCGUCCAAAUGGAUAUGAUGCACCGACAUGGGAUGGUUGGGAGAUUGAAGAGGAAGUUGUCGAAGGAUAAUUGCCUGAAAUAUAAAUCAUGAAGCGAAUACGAUUUUCCUCAAGUGAGAAUGACCUCGCUUGUUGUGUGGAACCAUCGCUAAAGCAAUAUAAUGCCCCAUUCAAUAUCGCAAGCGCGCUGCAUAUAUUGCCUAAAAUCACACUUCCGGAAGCGCGGGAUCUCCAUUGAUAUUGCCUAUAUUAUCUGGUAUACUAUAUAUAGCCUGUGCAGUCAUAGCCACUCCAUACCAAUAUAUCGUAGGCAUUUUAGCUAAAGUCUCAGUUCCCUUUCAUUAUUUAGCCAAUGCAUCGUUCCAAAUAUAGGAAUGUACACUCAAGUAGUAAACCUAUUCACGCUGUACACAUCAAUUUUCAGCCUUGCCUUAGAUAUCUAGCUGCUUGGCAUGGCUCGAUAAAGAACCAACUCAUAGCUUUUGUUGCAAAUCUAUGUUGAAUGUUUGG